UCAGUUACGUUGCCAGACCUGCACGUCAACACAUGAGGAAUUUGUUUGCUGAAGACACCUUGAGGAUUCAUCCAAAAUGUGUGUUUUCGUGGCGCUGUUGACGGUAGCGAUUUAUUGGGCUGUUUUCGUGUCAGGACAGACGGAAUACGUCACUGCUAAGUCAACUAAAGUUCAAGACAACUAUCUCCUGCUACAUUCAACAAAGUCAACGACCUCCACAGAAAACCUCACUACAUCUUCACGAACUUCGAAACAAGAAGAAUCAGACGUAAUCAUUUCUGAACUCGUAUCGACCACCAUCUGGCCAAAAACUCAACAAACAUCUAACGAGCCAAUCAAUGAAUUAGAAUUCACACAGCAAGAAAUUAUCAGUGAACAGACGUUGUUGGUUACUAAAAACAACCCAUCUGAGACAACCAAUAGACUGCAGGAACUCAAUUCAAGUAGCACAGAAAUUCCAGUUGAAAUGGUAUCGGCUACUAGCACAGUGUCUAUUGCCGAAACAAUUACAAAUUCAGAGGCACAGACUCAAACCUUUCCAUCCCUCAGUGUAGUUUUAGAGACCAUAGAACCAUCAAAGAGUUUUCUGGAAACAGACAAUAUCGGAACUUCAGAAUCUGAAACACUUACAAUCACUGAUGAGAUUUUUGUUCAAAAUUCAGCUGAAAUUUCGUCAGAUAUCCCUAAUAAGAAUGACGUAUUUUCUUCAACUACAGAAUUUCUAUCAUUUCCUACGACUUCAUGGACUCCGUUUAAGCCAAAUAUUCCGUAUUAUCACUGUAAAGAGCCCGGACAUUUCGUAUCUCGACCAAGUUGUGUCGAAUACCAUGUAUGCCGACGAGUAGGUGUUUGGAUAAUGCAUUUCAAAGCAAGAUGCCAUUUCGGAUACAAAUUUAGUAUUCUAUUUAGGUUCUGCGUUCCGAGUUAUUUGUCUGACUGCAACACAGACCCAUAUUUAGUAGAUUUCAGUAUGAAAUAUGAUGACAAUACAGAGAAUAACAACAGUUCAAGUGAAUUCGAUGAUGACAGUGGAGAUUGCGAAGGUGAGGAGUUAGGGGAACUUCCAUUUUAAAAACGAGAAUAAUAUUUUAGUAGUAAUUUUAAUUAUUGUACCCUGGUAUGUGUCUUCUAGACUAAUAAAUAUUAUAUGAACCUUUA